GGCCCGCCCCCUUCUCUGCAGCUGAAGACUUCCCCUCCCACAGUGACAGAGCCUCUGGGUCGGUCGGUGUCGGUACACUUUUUGCACCUCGCGCCCCGGCAGGUAAAUUAACAUGAUGGAUUUCUCCAAGCUACCCAAAAUACUUGAUGAAGAUAAAGAAAGCACAUUUGGUUAUGUGCAUGGGGUGUCAGGACCUGUGGUUACAGCCUGUGACAUGGCAGGUGCAGCCAUGUAUGAACUGGUCAGAGUGGGCCACAGCGAGUUGGUUGGAGAGAUUAUCCGAUUGGAAGGUGACAUGGCCACCAUCCAGGUGUAUGAAGAAACCUCUGGCGUGUCUGUUGGAGAUCCUGUACUCCGCACUGGUAAACCCCUCUCAGUAGAGCUUGGUCCUGGCAUUAUGGGAGCCAUUUUUGAUGGUAUUCAAAGACCUUUGUCAGACAUCAGCAGUCAAACUCAAAGUAUUUACAUUCCCAGAGGAGUAAAUGUAUCUGCUCUUAGCAGGGAUGUCAAAUGGGAGUUCACACCUAGCAAAAACCUCCGGGUGGGUAGUCAUAUCACUGGUGGAGAUAUUUAUGGAAUUGUCAAUGAGAACUCGCUCAUCAAACACAGAAUCAUGUUGCCCCCACGAAACAGAGGAACUGUAACUUAUAUUGCUCCCCCUGGAAAUUACGAUACUUCUGAUGUUGUAUUGGAGCUUGAAUUUGAAGGUGUAAAGGAGAAGUUCAGCAUGGUCCAAGUGUGGCCUGUACGUCAGGUUCGACCUGUCACUGAGAAGCUGCCGGCUAAUCAUCCUCUGUUGACUGGCCAGAGAGUCCUGGAUGCCCUUUUUCCGUGUGUACAGGGAGGAACUACUGCAAUCCCUGGGGCCUUUGGCUGUGGGAAGACAGUGAUAUCACAGUCUCUGUCCAAGUAUUCCAACAGUGAUGUGAUCAUCUAUGUAGGAUGUGGUGAAAGAGGAAAUGAGAUGUCUGAAGUCCUCCGGGACUUCCCAGAGCUCACGAUGGAAGUUGAUGGUAAGGUAGAGUCAAUUAUGAAGAGGACAGCAUUGGUAGCCAAUACCUCCAAUAUGCCUGUUGCUGCUAGAGAAGCCUCUAUUUAUACUGGAAUUACACUGUCGGAAUAUUUCCGUGACAUGGGCUACCACGUCAGUAUGAUGGCUGACUCUACCUCCAGAUGGGCUGAGGCCCUUAGAGAAAUAUCUGGUCGCUUAGCUGAGAUGCCUGCAGAUAGUGGAUAUCCUGCAUAUCUUGGUGCCCGUCUGGCCUCUUUCUAUGAGCGAGCUGGCAGAGUGAAAUGCCUUGGAAAUCCUGAAAGAGAAGGGAGCGUCAGCAUUGUAGGAGCAGUUUCUCCGCCUGGUGGUGAUUUUUCUGAUCCAGUUACAUCUGCUACUCUUGGUAUUGUUCAGGUGUUCUGGGGCUUAGAUAAAAAACUAGCUCAACGUAAGCAUUUCCCUUCUGUCAACUGGCUGAUCAGCUACAGCAAGUACAUGCGUGCCUUGGAUGAAUACUAUGACAAACACUUCACUGAGUUUGUUCCUCUCAGGACCAAAGCUAAGGAGAUUCUGCAGGAAGAAGAAGAUUUGGCAGAAAUUGUACAGCUUGUGGGAAAGGCUUCCCUAGCAGAAACAGAUAAAAUCACUCUGGAGGUAGCAAAGCUUAUCAAAGACGAUUUCCUACAGCAAAAUGGAUAUACUCCUUAUGACAGGUUCUGCCCCUUCUACAAGACAGUAGGGAUGUUGUCCAACAUGAUUGCAUUUUAUGACAUGGCCCGCAGAGCUGUUGAAACCACCGCCCAGAGUGACAAUAAAAUCACAUGGUCCAUUAUCCGUGAGCACAUGGGGGAGAUCCUCUAUAAGCUUUCCUCCAUGAAAUUCAAGGAUCCAGUGAAAGAUGGUGAGGCCAAGAUCAAGGCCGACUAUGCACAACUACUGGAGGAUAUGCAGAAUGCAUUCCGUAGCCUUGAAGAUUAGACCUGGGAUUCUUUCCUCCUUUUCCUCAGCAAGCUCUCAUAUGUGUAUAUUUUCCUAAAGUUCUCAUCUCAAUCCCUCUGCUUCUUUAUUGUGCAGCUUUGAGACUAGUGCCUGGGUGUACAUGUUAUCAUUUGUGUCCCUGUUUAUUUGAUGUCUUAUAUAAAACAAACAUUCCUUUGUUUCAGUGUUUGAAGGGCCUCCCUAAUCCUUUCUCCAAAGUGGUGAAUGUAGUAAAUAUGAUAUUCAGUGGCUACACUACUGUAAAUUUGUCUGUAGGGUGACGUCUCUCCUUGUUCUGGGUUGGCCCUUUCCUCAUCACCAUUAAAUUGUAAACAGGACUACUGCAUGUAUUCUCCUAGCAAUGGAUUUAGAAUGGAAAGCCAGACUUCUAUAUAUUUUGACAGGUACUUUGUGAACUGACCCAGUAUCUAGGUGGUAAGGUUAUUUGUGGCUUGGCAUUUUGCUAAGUAACUACUUUUCAGGAAAUAAUUACUUUUAAAAAAAAACAUAAAUGAUCGAUGUUCCAAUUAUGCAUUGCUUCCCCCAGUUUCAAUCAAAGGUUAUUUAUGGGAAACUGUUGAGAACUAUACUGUUUCUAAAACAGGCAUUUAUGGGGCUCAUCACAGUAGAUCUAUCAGUACCCUCCAAAAAGGAGCCAGGUGGUCAAACUUAGACUAACAUCAUCUUGUUAAGCCUAUUUUAUUUCUCUAGGAAAAAAAUCAGUAUCAAGGACUAUUGUACUGCAUUACUAGGAAGUUCUUUUUAAAACUACAUUGAAAACAAUCACCGGGAACUUGAUUCACGUCGCACCCUCUUUCUUUUCCUCAAACAUCUUAGAAGCCUAAGCUUCUGAGAAUCAUGGCGGUGUGAUAGGCAGUCACAUGCCACAGAGAAGAUAUUUAGUAGUGGUUAAAGGUUGUUUGCACCUUUAAGGACCAGCUGGGCUAUAGUGAUUCUUGGGGCCAGAGUGGCUUUAUGUUUUUUCAAGAUAAUGACAUGUGUUUGUUUGCUUCCUGAGUUUUUGAAUAACCAGUUUACUGAUUGUAGAAAAUACUACAUUCUUUUACAUGGUUUUUGACUCACUGGCUCAAAAAAUUUCCCAGAAUAUCUGUAGCCACAGCAGCGUAACAGUUUCCAUUCUGUUUCAUGGGAAUGAAAUUAAUUGUAUCUGCUGAUAACAGAAUCUGGGUCAUGUGGAAAGAAAAAAAGAUUGUUUCUUCCUGUCUUUUAUGUUUUCAAAUACUAGCUUCUCUGUUUGUAUGAUAAAACACACUGCAGAACAGCUCUGAGAGCAUCAUUUUCCCAUUAACUCUCUCUCUCCAGUUGUGCUGGGAAGAGGAAAGGGUAUAUGAACAUGUCUAACAAUCUCAAAUACCCAAAUGUAAUGGCCUAAAUAAAAUAUUUAUUUUAUGCUUCA